AUGGCGGAAUACGAGUAUCGGAAGAGGAGAUGGAUUCUGAAACCGAACAUGCUCGCAAUUUAUUUAUGCAUCCUGAUCUGCAUUCCAAGCACGAAAGGAAGUUCCUCCAGCAUUGAGUUUGCAAAUAGGUCAGUCGACCACUGGGAAUUUCUGUUUGGUGCUAGUUCAAAGGAAUUUCUUUACGACUUCUGCAAGUACAACGGAACAAGUGAAGGCACGCAGUGCAAAAAUUUCGUCCCACAAAUGUCUGUAGAUUUUGAAAAAGUGUGUAAUUGCACCAUACAGCAUAAUGGAACUAGUAACGGUGGCUCGUUUAGUUUCGCCCUCAGCUGCAAAAGCGAUUUAAGCUACUGUCCUGAGGAACUCACACUGAUCUACAAGCAGGGCUCCUUUGCGAGGGCUCCAACCCAGGUGCCAAUCCACGACGGCAUAGGGAAAAAUAACAGUGGAUCCACUGGGAUUCCAGUGGAAUUGGCAAAUGAGGCAGAUCCAGAUAUCGCAAGGAAUGGAUACGACUGGCUGAUACCUUUCAUAAUUUCCUUCGUUUUCAACGUUCUCUUGAUAACUUUCAUAUUACACAUAUGCAAAGAAAAAUUCAACGUCUUUUUGAAACCAAAGAGGCCUCAAUCAGGUUCAUACUCUGGAGUCAAUUGCAGCAAGAAAAAGAAUAGGGCGAGGGUGAAAGAUAUUGAGACAGGUCUGCUGUCCAAUCCAGAAAAGAAUAAAGGAUCGGCGGAAAUCAAGUGUACAGAUAUUGGAAAUAACGACCAAACUGUUAUUUCAACAGAUGAUUCACACAAACGACCUGAGGGGGCAGCGGAUCUAGGACAAUCCGAAUCUGAAAUAGCUGGACAUGUAAACGCAGACAAGUAACCAUAGGCCUUUUUUAAGCCUUGGUGCAUCCCAAUAAAUCACGCAACCCUUUGAAAUAUGUCAGCCAUAUUUGUCGAGAGAAUUUGAGGCAAACUUAUUCUGUACUAUUAUAAUAUAAAGCAUUAAGAAAUAAACAUCUAAUCAGUCUUGACCAUUUGAUUCAAUAAUUUGUCAUCUUUAAAUAAUUUGAGGGUCGUGUUAUGUUAUUUUUAGUUUUGAUAAACCAUGUUAAUAUUUUUGACUCAUGGAAUUAAGAUGUUUGGGCAUGUUUAAAAUAAAACAUUUUC